AUGAACUCCUUCGGCUGUCUUGUCCUACGGUUGUCGGUUCUUCUGUGCGGCACCUGCGGGGUUCUGUCGCUCAUACGGAACAACGGAAUAACAGAACCGGAGUUCAUCCGCAGAUGUGUGAAGGCGCACAAUAAUGCGCAUCGAUCGCGCGCCUCUACUACACCUGCGGCCAGCGCGCGCUCCAUGUCUUGGGACAAUGAAUUGGCCAAAGGUGCAAGAGAUCGGGCAAGACACUGCAGGGCCUCUUAUAACCCAAUGUUGGCACAUUUCGGGCACCCGCUGUUAGGGUGGAUGGGGGAAAACAUCUGGCUUGGAGUUCCAUUCUCGGCCUUCUCGGUGGAGAACGCCAUACAGAGAUGGAGCAGAGAAGGAGCUUACUCCUAUAGAAACAGCAACUGCUCGAGGUUGUGUGGACACUAUGCACAGUUAAUGUGGUCUACAAGCUUCAAGCUGGGCUGUGCUGUUAAUGUGUGCACGAAAGGAAUCAAAAACUUCUCCAGCCAUCCAGAAUCCACCAUUUUUGUGUGCAACUAUGGCGAUACGGGACACGUUCAUGGUAUUACUCCAGAUAUAGCAGGUGUGACGUGCAGCGGGUGUGGAUCGGAGAUCUGUUAUGACAACGUCUGUAGAUCUGAUUGGUUCCCUGGGUGGGAUUAUGGCCCCGCCUCUUCAGCCCACGGUAUUUCCUAUUGGCUGACUAAUCUUGGACUGUGUCUAUCAGGAGUUUGCGGGACACUCAUCUAUUAUGCAACACAUUAAUGUCAUCUUGCGGUUGUUUCUUAGUGUCUUAAAGGGAAAGUAAAAAAAGAAAAGAAAAUCCUGUCAUCACACUCACCCUCAAGUUGCUCCAAACUCAUGUGACUUUUCCAAGGAUAUAAUAUGAAAAAUAAAUCUAUCUAUAGCAAGUAUAUAUUUCUGCGGUGUGUAACUCAUUUAUUUCAGUGACAUACACAGUAAGUCUGUAUAUGGAAUUGUCAUCCUUCAUGUACUGUAAUAAACCAUGAUGCCCAUGAUAAAAGUUGAAUAAACUUUUAUUGAUAUUUUAUACUCUUACUAGUUGUCUUCUGUGUGAUUUGUUUAUGCUCUCUCCGCUCUGACUCUCAUU